GCAGCUUAAAUGCCAAGUCUUGGACCAUCUGCUCAUCAUCAGUACCAGAACAACUGAAUUGCUUUCAAUUUAGGUCCUACAUAUUGAGGUUUAAAAAUCAACCCAGCAUCAAUGGAGGUUCAUAGUAGUUUUCUUGUUGCUUCUAUUCUGUUCUCCUGUUUUGCUGCAACUUGCACUGGCGUGACCUUCUCCUCCCUUCAGAAGACUCUUGUAGUUACUGCUUCAUCCACACAGGACCAAGUUCUGAAGGCAGGGGAAGAACAGAUUACAGUGACAUGGGCAUUCAACCAGACCUUCCCGGCUGGGACAGACUCGGCCUACAGAACYGUAAAAGUGAAGCUAUGCUAUGCACCCAUCAGUCAAAAGGACAGAUCUUGGAGGAAAACGGAGGAHGAAAUGAAGAAGGACAAGACCUGCCAACACAAGAUUGUGUCUAGGCCAUACAGUGCUUCAAACAACUCCUUUUCAUGGACCAUCAUGAGAGACAUUCCUUCUGCAACAUAUUUUGUGAGGGCGUAUGUAUUCAACUCUCAGGAUCAAGAGGUCGCCUUUGGCCAGAACACAAAUGUAGAAAGAGCUACAAACUUGUUUGAAGUUCAAGCAAUCACAGGUCGUCAUGCAUCCCUUGAUAUUGCAUCCAUCUGCUUUUCUGCUUUCUCCAUAGUCGCACUGGCCGGUUUUUUCUACAUGGAGAAGAGCAAAGGAAAGGCAUCCCAACAGAAAUGAGAUUAUCAGCAGGGUGGGAAGUAAUGUCCCCAUGACAUAUUUAAAUACAAAAAAAAAAGGAAGCCCGAUUUGGUUUUACUACGGUGAUGCACUACUUAUUGCUGAUCACCCAACGGUGUCGUCUUGGGGAGUGCGGAUCACUAAAAGAUGAUUUUUUGGGAUAGAAAUUAAUCAUGUUUGUUUAUUUGGAUACAAAGUGAGAUGUACCAUUUGUUAAAGUCUAAUGACUAAAAGACAGGUGUUUUAAACC